AUGGAGGAGGAAGCGGGCGUCCCGCAGGGGAGUGGUAAUGACAGGGGGCUGACUGACCCUACAACGGCUCCGGCUACAACGAUCAGACCGAAGCUUUCUGGCACUCUAUCUCUUUUCCCUGCCGUCCCGCAACCUAGGCCUCCAACAGCAGCCGCGAAUCUCACACUCAGAGCAAGACAAGCAAAUGACCAUCACAACACCGUCGAGUCGCCUCGAAGACGAUCAAUAUCUUUAGACGAAACGACCAGGCCAGCAUCUCUUCCGGCGAGCAAGCCAAAGUAUGGGCUAUAUCCACCACGAGCAGUACGCAAAGGCCGAAAGAGUAGCGUAAACGAAAUACAUCCCAUGUCUACGCUGCAUGAGCUGGCUUUGCUCGACUCGCCCACCGUGCCAAGCCGAUUCACGUUCCGAUCAGGCGUCACGACAUUGAAUUCUGACGAUAGUGGACAUGGCAGGUCUAGCAGUGCGCCGAGCGAGUAUGAGGUAUCGCCGUUAUCAGCUACACAAGAGAAACUGCCUGCAUGGGCUAGUCGACAAGCGACGGCGUCGAGCAAGACUUUGCAUGGUCUUGGGCUGACAUGGCCGUCUCCUGCCGUUCCUGUGAGCACGCCGCCUUUCUCGCCAUCGCCACUGAGUGCGCGCGAGGUCUCGCCGAUGCGCGCACCAGACAGACCAGCGUCGAGACAGGGAAAUAGGCAGAAACCAAAUCUGAGGAUCAAUGUUCGGAGGGAGGAAAGGCCGGACAGGCCACCACCACCGCCACCGAAAUCGCCUCGACAUCACGCCAACACUUCUUCGUCACACUCCAAAGGCCCGUCUGUUCAUUCUCGAGCUUCGUCGGUGCAAUCGCGCUUCUCAAGUAGAGGAUCCAGUCGGCCGGCAUCACCGAUCGCGGUCGCGCAGCCAGUCGUAUACUCUUUUGUGAAACCGACGUUCGUACAGCACUCCAACCAGUCAAAGGACUCCUUAGUGCCGCGAGAAGGCUCUGUGCGUUCUACUGCGACUACUGAAACACGAAACCCUACCACUACGGUCUCAGCCGACAGCGACCGGGGACGAGCGAUCGUGAAAGCUGUGCCACCUGCACCCACGAGCGUACCACAAUUACCGGAGCUGGGGACCGCUGAGUCGACCUCGCCAGGGCUGUCGUCGCUGCUUAGCAAAUUCAACAUCCGAUCGCCUCGGGAAGAGCCAGCAGCUGAUGGUGAGAAGACUCCACGACCUCACCCAGAACAGCCGAAGAGGAUCGCAAAUAUAGAGACUGCGUCGCAGUCAAGCGCUAGCUUGGACAGCGUAAGGAAGCAGAGAUCACAUAUCGCCGAACCAGAGACUUCCUCACUAUCGACAACGAGCUUGAGAAGUGUGCAAAAAUUGACAUCGCCCAUCGCCGACCCUGGGAUCAUUGCACGAUCGGAACGAAGGGUGGACAGUCCCCAAAAGGCGCACUUGCAUGUCGCAAAGCAGGAGGUCCCUCCUCCGACUCCGAGGAAAGAUACUUUCAUCUCGCGCAAGGCCGUACCAGUGGCGAGUACUCAGGCGAUAACUGAACCGGCGCAGCGCGACGCAACGAAGGUGCCAGGCUCGACUCAAGGACCGAAUCAAGCGAAGGUGCGUAUGCAAGCGGAGACACAGUCGUCACCACCUCCACCUUCGCGCGAACCACCUCGCAAACCAUCGUCACCAAAGGCUUUGCCUGCGCAGCUGAGGAUUCACGUUGACAACCGGAAGCACACUCUGACUGAAGAUCGCGGUAUAUCUCCAGCCCCAGGCUCAAUCUCUAGGCUGCGAACAGAUAGGCCUACACCGGAGCUGCCAUACAGAUCGGCCACGCCAGAAGUGACGGCUGAAUCACCUGAAGACCCUCGCGAGACGCUACGAAAGCUGGCUCUACAGACCGAAGCUUUGCAUGCGCGGUAUAGCACAUUACGCUCGGAUAGGCAGAAGCUAUCUACAAGCAUUGUUGCCAGCCUACGAGAUCAAAGGAGUGGUCCUGAGUACGCCAAUACACUGCUUGACCAGCAUUUGUCAUUAGCUGCUGUCAACAGCUCUAUGGAUAUUUGCUUCGCUAAGUUGAAGUCGCUAGAUUGCAGAAAGGAAGAAGCCAUGACGGCGAUACUGGCACGGCAUGACGAGAGACGUAGAAGAUCCAGGAUCAGACAACUGGACUCGCCGAAAUCACUGCUUUCGGAACAAUUAACACCAGACUUGCGCGGCGAGCAAGUGCAGAAAAGGAGAUCGGCUAGUAGAUUGCGGCAAGAGGAUUCAGGGCCAGACUCCAAGCACGACAGCAAAGACAGCUCUGACUUUGGCAAGGAGAAGCUGUCCACCCGUCCAAGAAUUGGGGAGCAGUAUGCGCGAGGUGUCAAGGCGUCUAAGCAUGAUCACCCUCGCAGCGGUCCUCGGUCGCCGAUGCUUCGAACGAGCGACAGCGGUGCCGAAGUCCUCUCAACGGAUGCACAUCCAAGCAAGGAGUCUCGUGCAGGGGCUGCACAGGUCGUGAAGGUACUGAACGUGACAACAACAAACGCGCCACGAUCACGACGGCCAACGGACCCCUCUACGGUGGAUCGACAAAUGCUGCCGACCUCCACGACAGCAGCCACCACAGCCCUAGCUCUCAAGCCUCUUACGAUCAAAACAUCUACGAACAAUUUGCGACUGCCGCUACCGCCACGAUCACCGGCUCCAACUUCACCUCUGCCGAGUCCGCCGAACUCGAGAUCUCCAACGCCACCGACAACAUUGAAGGAGACCAUCAAUGCUCGCGGUGACGCAUCAACACAUGACAAUGCAGACACGGCCAGAUGCAGGCAAGCCGACUCCAAUACUUCCACACGAAGCGAAGCACACAGCCGCGCAGGCUCAAGCUCGGCGACUGACGACACCGAGGCCGCCACACCACAGGACGAAAAGCCCACUGGCGGAGACUUGCAUGAUGUGAGCCCGCUGUCCGAUCAUACGCUUGGGAAACAGUCAAUGGAAGGAGUACACAUGUAUAUUGAUGAUGAUUUUUUGGAUUACUACCAUGAGUAG